AUUUAUAAUACACUUUUAUAAUGUACAAUUAUAAGUGAAAUAAAAUCUUUUUAAAUGAGUCUAAGUAUAUUUAGUGCUAAGACAAGUUACUAUAAGAAUGGUAUAUGGUGGUUCACAAAAAUGGCUGUACGUGUAGUAGGAGAAGAGAGAUGGGAUUCUAUGAGAAUGUUUAGAAGAAUCUAUGCUAACAAAUUUUAUUAUGGAAGAUAAUAAGUCUUAUUUGAUAUCUUCUAUGAUUGGCCAGCCUUAGCUAAUAUGAUUGGUAUAUACCCAAAAGUAUGAUGAUUUUUAUAGUUUAUAGAUUGAUACUUCUCAUGGAUUUCUUCAUUGGUCAACUUAUGAAGCUUAUAGAGAUUGGUAAGAACAUACAUUGAACUCAGAUGUAAAAAAUAAGUAAUUCUUAGGGUGCAUUUGCAAUGUGGAUUUACUUAAUGUGUGGAAUUUAUAUUGGACAUUUUGUUUAUUCAUAUAUGGUUCCUUAUUAUUGGACGUAUCUUAUUAUGACUAUAAAAUAGAAAUCUAUUCCCUGCCAAAAAUGAAGAAUUCGUUAGACUAAGAAUGAAGGAUGCUAUAGCUUCAACUGUUCAUGAAGAAUUAUUCGGAAAUCAAUUUGCAGAAUUUGGUUGGGCUCCUCAUGAUUUCCAUUAUAAUAGACGUAGAUGCAUGGCAGGUUACAGUCAUCCUGAUGAUCCUCGUACUAUGCAUAUGGGCAGUUUUAAUAGUAAUCUAUUUUCAAUUAUUCAAAAGGAAAACAUAAAUAUAAGGAACACUAUAUUAAGAGAGUUGGAUAGCAAAGUAGAAUGACUGAUCUAUGAAACAAAAAUAUAUAACAAU